GAUCAGCUGUUCGUCAGCUGCCAUCCGCGAUUUCGACAGUACCACGCGGUCGGUCAGCGUGCAUCUGUUUACUUUACAUUCUCGCGAAAAAGUACAGUUAGUUAUAAGUGAAAAUGACGAACGAAGAAACGGAGGCAUCGCGGCCGCGACUGACCUACGCGGACAAGCUGAUCAUGGCACCGAUGGUGAGGAUAGGGACGUUGCCGAUGAGGUUACUCGCCCUGGAGUACGGCGCCGACAUCGUCUAUACCGAGGAGCUCAUCGACUGGAAAUUGCUGAGAUCUGUGCGGCGGGUCAAUGAGGUUCUGGGCACAGUGGACUACAUCGAUCGAACGGACGGCACAAUAGUCUUCCGUACAAGUCCGAUCGAACGCGACCGAGUCGUUCUCCAACUGGGCACCUGCGACGCGAACCGAGCACUCAAGGUCGCCAAACUCGUGGAGCAGGACGUCGCGGGAAUCGACGUCAACAUGGGCUGUCCCAAGCGAUUCUCAAUUCUCGGAGGUAUGGGGGCAGCUCUGCUAAAACAGCCGGAAAAAGCCAGUGAGAUUCUCAGGACGCUAGUCGGAGGAUUGAGUAUACCGGUCACCUGCAAGAUCAGAGUGUUGGGUAACGUCGAGGAUACGCUCAAGUUGGUGGACACACUCGUCGAUACGGGGAUAUCCGCGAUUACCGUGCACGGAAGGACUGUCGACGAGAGGCCACAGCAUCCGAACAGAAGCGAGUUUAUCAAGAGAGUCGCCGAGCAUGCGAAGAUUCCGGUUAUUGCUAACGGAGGCUCUAAGGAAAUAGAGAAGCGAGCAGACAUAUUUAAGUUCAAAAAGGAAACAGGCUGCAGUAGCGUGAUGAUCGCUCGCGCCGCCGAGUGGAACUGCUCGAUAUUUCGCGAGGCGGGUAUGCUGCCUAUGGAAGACGUGAUAAGAAGCUACCUCAAACUCGCCGUCGAUUACGACAACUCGCCCAGCAAUACCAAGUACUGCGUGCAAAAUAUACUUAGGGAGCUGCAGGAGUCGCCGCUCGGCAAGCGUUUUUUGGAUACGCAGACCCUCGAGCAGAUAUGUGAAGUCUGGGGCCUGGACGAGUACUGCCGUACGAAACAAAAGGAGCAUCGCGAUCGUGGCUUCGGAGGCCGAUUCGAGGUGGUGCCCGAACGCCUGAGUCUCAUCGACGGCAACGGCGGCGCCGGUAAACGGAAACUCGACGAGGAGGAGGACGUGCUGCUGAUGCGCUGCGCGUUCCUCAGAAAUAAUUACGCCGACGACACGAGCCUGCCGAAAAGCCGACUGGCUAAAUGGACGAGGGACAAUCGUAAGAAGCUACCGAUCUACGUUACUCAUCACGAGGACAAGCUCUUCAGGUCCGUCGUACAGGUCGACGGGAGGAAAUACGGAUCGUCGUUUUGGGAGAAAAGCAAAAAAUGGGCCGAGCAAGGAGCAGCCCUGGCAUGUCUCUGCGCGCUAGGGGUGAUCGACACUGAAACUCUCAUUAAAAGUGGCAGCCUCGUGGCGUGACACCGAGCUACACAUGCUCUCGCGGUGUUACUUAUCAUACUUAUAAGUUACUGAUGUGUGCUGUACAGCUCGGACAACCUUUUAUACCUGCCGCGUUGAUAAGCGGCGACAACGUUGUAUCAAAUAGUUGUAUUUAUAUAUAGUUUUUAUAUAUACUAUGUAUGAUAAAGAUUGGACUUAUUUUUUCAAAGCAUAUGUGUCACAUACGCAAUGUUGUACAGAAUGGAAGAAAAUAUACUCAUGAUUUAAUUGACUUUGCUCGAAGCAAGAGUUGUAAUGGAUAGCAUUGCGCUUAUCGCGGGUUGAAUUCACUUCCAGAAGAACACAAUAGAAAUUUAACAAAGACCUUUUCUAAUCUACUUCGAGCGCAAUAUCGGGAUUACUUAAUCCUCGCGUUUCCUCUUAACAUUUUUCUUCAAUUUAUUGUGACGAUGUUUUUCAAAAGAUGAUCUCUAUGCAGUGCAUAUAUUUUUCACUUCCUUAUCUAUACUCGAUUUUUCACUCGAUCUGCAUCGAUAAACGAUGAAACAUCAACAUUACAGACUACCAAUAGUUGAAUUUAUGCCGUUUGUAACGAUAUGUCAUAUUGUACAAACGACUUCCAGCGAAUGCUCACCACGAAAUAUAAAAAAUCUGAUUAUUUCCGUUGAAAAAAAAUCAAUAAAAAAAAA